CCUCUACGACCGUCCCUGAAAAAAAGCGCGGGUGGUCAAGCACCUGGUUCUGUGUCAGAGAGCAUCAGUGGAGCCAGAGAUGGAGAUGGAGCAGGAUACGGAGCAGGAGAAGGAGCAGGAGACGGAGGCUUCUCUUUCAGAGACAGAAGGGCAAAGUUUGGAAGACAAACAUCGCUCUCACAAAGCAUCCGCAGGAAUACAGCCCAGUGGUUUGGGGUGGGGGAAGACUGUGAGACGAAGCAGCAGGUAUGGCACAGGAAGAGCCUGCGCCACUGCAGCCAGCGCUACGGUAAGCUGAAGGUCCAGUACAGAGAGCCUGAUACGGCCACCAGCUUCGACCAGGGCCUGGAGUCACCAGCAGCACACAAGAUGCCCAAGAUUGUUGAUCCCCUGGCACGGGGGCGGGCCUUCCGCUGCCCAGAUGACAUGGACAGUCGCUCCCCCAGGACGCCUUACGCCACUCAGGGGGGUCCCAUCACCCCGGGGGUCACCUCCCUCAGCUCCUUCACCAGCCAGCGCUCCGGCUACAGCCGCCUCCCCAGGCGCAAGAGAGAUUCUGUCGCCCGCAUGAGCAUCCGGGCCGCAUCCAACCUGCUGAAGGGUCGUAAUGGGUUGGCAGGCUCGCAGACAAGUCGCAGUUUCCCCAAGAGGAGCUUCAUCAGGCCCAGCUGGAUGGACGAUGACACCGUGGACUCUGCAGACACGUCCGAGUCGCUCUUCUUCAGCAAGGUCGAUGCCCAUGGUGAGUUGUACUCUAUGGCUGAUGACGUAUUUGAAUCUCCGCCCAUGUCUGCAGCUUUUGCUCCCUGCGAGUAUCCAGACCAGAAGUUCCCCAGCCUUAAGGACAUUUCUCGAACACCCAGGACACCGAUGGCAGGCCACGAAAAGAGCCAUCCUCGUAGGGGGGGUCGCAUCGCCUCCCAAGUCAAGCACUUUGCCUUUGACAAACAAAAGCGUCAGUACGGCAUGGGCGUUGUGGGGAAGUGGCUGAACCGGCACUACCGACGCAGCAUCAGCAGCAACAUCCAGAAGCAGCUGGAGGACAUCCACAGCCAUAGGCCUUACUUUGCCUACUGGAUCACGUUUGUCCACAUAGUAAUCACAUUGCUGGCCUGCUGUACAUACGGAUUUGCCCCUGUGGGGUUUGCACAACAUUCUUCGACUGACCUGGUGCUGAAGAACAAAGGCAUUUAUGAGACCGUCAAGUAUAUCCAACAGGAGAACUUCUGGAUUGGUCCCAGCUCUGACGACUUGAUCCACCUGGGGGCCAAGUUCUCCCCGUGCAUCCGUAAGGACACUCAGAUAGUCAGUCUGAUCCAGAAGGCCAGAGAUCUGGAGAGAGAGUCGGGCUGCUGCGUUCAGAAUGAUAACUCCGGAUGCGUGCAGACCCUCAAGCCCGACUGCUCCGAGACGCUGGCCACGUUUAUUAAAUGGAAGGAUGAGCCAGUGGACAUCAACCGGUCGUCUGGUUCUGUCUGUCACCAGGACCCCAGAGUGUGUGAAGAGCCCGCCUCUGCAGAGCCUCAUGUGUGGCUGAAUGACAUCACCAAGUGGCCGGUGUGUACAUUACCAAAGCAGUGGAACCACACCGGCUACAGACACAUGGACUGUAAAAUCAGGGGACGGCCGUGCUGCAUAGGAACGAAGGGCAGAUGUGAGAUCACGACCAGAGAGUAUUGCUCUUUCAUGCAUGGCUACUUCCAUGAGGAAGCCACACUCUGCUCACAGAUCCACUGUCUGGAUGAUGUGUGUGGCUUGUUGCCGUUCCUCAACCCUGAUGUUCCUGAUCAGUUCUACCGGCUCUGGCUCUCGCUCUUCCUCCAUGCUGGGCUGUUGCACUGCUUGGUGUCGGUGAUCUUCCAGAUGACCAUCCUGAGAGACCUGGAGAAGCUGGCAGGCUGGGUCCGCAUCUCCAUCAUUUACAUCCUCAGCGGUAUCACCGGAAACAUCGCCUCCGCCCUGUUCCUGCCCUACAGAGCUGAGGUGGGUCCGGCAGGGUCUCAGUUCGGACUCCUUGCUUGCCUGUUUGUGGAGCUGUUUCAAGGUUGGCAGAUUCUGGAGAAGCCUUGGAAAGCCUUCCUCAAGCUGUCUGGCAUCGUGCUCUUCCUCUUCCUGUGUGGCCUCCUGCCGUGGAUCGAUAACAUCGCCCACAUCUUUGGCUUCCUCAGCGGCAUGCUGCUCUCCUUCGCCUUCCUGCCCUACAUCACCUUUGGGACCUUCGACAAGUAUCGGAAACGAAUCCUCAUCGCUGUCUCCAUGUUGGCGUACAUCGGGCUGGUGUCUUCACUCGUCGUUUGGUUUUACAUUUACCCGAUUAACUGGCACUGGCUGGAGCAUCUCACCUGUCUGCCCUUCACGGGCAAGUUCUGUGAAAAGUACGAUAUAGACCAUGACAUUAACGACGUGGUGCACUAGUCUCCAUGCUGACCACCAGCUUCUAACUGAUGAGUGGGUCAGCUGUCACCAGAUCCAGUCGGGAGCCUUUUAAAAUGUGACUAUCAUAUUUUUGUUUUUAUCAAUUCAUCUACAUGUUAAUUAGCUAAUGGGCUGGCAGAUUCAAAGGACAAGAAAAGACACUUAGGGCGUCAAAAUGUGCAGAGCUGGGUUGACCUCAAGGAAAAGCUCUACAGCGCCAGAGACUCUUUGGUUCCUUCAGCUCAAAGUCACAUCAAUCGAAAGAAGCCAAAAUAAUCACCAAUGGCCUACAUAAUCCCUUUUCCCUUUAAUGCUAUGGAGGACAACAGCUGAGAUGAAAGGGAGAAUGUUCCGGGUCUUCCGGUGUCUUGUGGCCUCGGUGAACUGAAACCCAUCAGAAGCUUCCUGCUGCCACUCAUUCGUGUUUUCAGUGACACUACAAACGCUGUCAAUCAGAUCUGCUGCUUCUAUACGUUUUAUCAAUCUUGAAAGGCUUUCAGAGUUCAAACGUUUUAAUCUUCGCUCUUUUGUAAGUAUGCACUUGGCUUGUUCCUAAUUUUUGGAGUUGUGAUAUGUUAGGCUAAUGUUAACAAGGUGUUCCAAGUAUUAACUGAAAUUGUUAAAGGGAAAUAUAUUUCCCUUAGUCAACUAAGGUAAGAUUUCAAUCGAAAACCACUAGUUGCCUUAAACAGACUAUGCCAUUUUACAAAGAUGCCUCAUUUGACUUUUCCAUUCUGCCUGUGAUUCACUUACUGAAUGCUGAUGAUCACAUGACACCAAACCUACCAAAGCAACAACAUCGGAUGCUUGUAUUGUAUUUGCAUGUUGUUCUUCACAAUCCCUCAGAUUUCUUUACGUCCAUGGCACAUAAUGUCUCAUAUGUGUAACGUCUCAUAACACAGUGGUGCCUAAACCAUUUUGUAUGCUUACUGUAAAAUUGCCAUGGGAAUAAUCAUCUAAACAGACCGUUUUGUUGAAUCCAAGUAAGUUUUCUACUGUAAUUUAUGACUCUUGAAAUGCCAACACUCCUGACGACAUGUCAUUUCAACUCACCUUUUUACCUUUUGUCUGGAAGCUGGUUGCUCUGGUUUUCAAAUCCAUGACCCAGGUUAGGUUGUUGAUGACAAUGUGAUAAAUGGUUGUCAGAAGUUGUUUACCUGAAUUGAAAGAUUUCUCCCACAGUUCCCUCUGCUGUUAUCUUUGAGCUGGUUUGUUGUUGUUGUUGGCGAUUCUGUUGCGGACCGAGCUGUUAGGAAAGCCUGUUGUUGGGGGAUUAUGUGACUUACUGAGUGAGUUAUGAGAUUAUGAGAGUGUGUCUAAGGGGCUGACUCACUGAUUAUCUACAUGUUGACAACAUGAGUUAAGUGCAACAAGGUUAUAUGUUGGGCAAACACCACUGUAUUUAAAUUGUAAAGGCCGUCUGUGUACAACAUAGGACUCUAGCAGUGUAAAUAAUGACCCCCACCUCUCUUUAGGAAACCUCUUCACUGUGCCUUUUGACCUGAGUGUUUAUCUGAAGAGAAACAACUGCUGUGCUUGCUUUGGGACCAAAUAUAUUCACUCAUUCUGAUUAUUGGAAUGAAAAAGGAACAUUUUAAAUGAACUUCAGGUCAUUUUCAAGGUACUGUUUUGUUUUGCUUCAGUUUUAUAUGUGAAAAUAUAUGUGUGUGUUAACAGUUAUGUUAAAAUAAAUGUCACUAUUAAAAAUGAGUUUCACUCAGUUACCUAGUGAACGUUGAGGCUGUGUCUGUCAUCGAAUAAUUUUACAUUUUCUCUACUUGGCGCCACACCAUUGAGACCCAAAAACAGUUGAAUUUGUAUACAUUAAAGUGAGA